GUACUGGGAUGGAGUUUCGUUGACACUAUUUGAGAUAGCAGCUUUACGUUUCAUUUUCAGUUGCCGUUGUCUGUUUGAAAACACUACGACACAUAUCGGGAACAUUCACCCGAGCAAUAUGGCUGAUAAUAUUAUCAUCCGGGUACAGUCGCCAGAUGGGAUGAAGAAAAUUCCUUCUACCAAGAGGGAAACUGCUUCUGCUUUUCUAAAAAAGGUGGCCAAAGAGUUUGGAUUCAACUCCAAUGGCUUCUCCAUUUACCUUAACCGCAACAAAACAGGAGAGAUCCUGUCCCAGAACAAGACCCUCAGCCUGCUCAAGAUAAAGCAUGGGGACAUGUUAUUCCUCUUCCCCUCGAGCUCCUCAGGGUCCUCGGGAGAAGUCAUGGAUACAGCCACCCCUCACUCAUCUUCAUCAGUACCUUCAACCUCCUCCUUCUCUGCUCCAUCCUCCUCCUCAUCCUCUUUUAUGCCUCGCUCCCACUCUGCAACCCAGGUCCAAGAAGAUGAGAUUGAUCAGUAUCUGGCCAAGCAGGAUGGCAAGAUCUACAGGAACAGAGAUCCACAGCUGUGCCGACAUGGUGCCCUUGGAAAGUGUGUACACUGUGUACCAUUAGAGCCUUUUGACGAAGACUACCUGAACCACCUAGACCCACCUGUCAAGCACAUGUCAUUCCACGCCUACAUUCGCAAGCUGACUGGUGGCUCAGACAAAGGGAAGUUUGCAGCAUUGGAGAACAUAAGCUGCAAAAUUAAAUCAGGUUGUGAGGGCCACCCUCCCUGGCCAGAAGGAAUCUGCACCAAAUGCCAGCCCAGUGCCAUCACCCUCAACAGACAAAAAUACAGGCAUGUGGAUAACAUCAUGUUUGAGAACCACACUAUUGCUGACCGCUUCCUGGACUUCUGGAGGAAGACAGGGAGCCAGAGAAUGGGUUACUUGUACGGCAAGUACACUGAGCACAAAGACAUCCCUCUCGGCAUCAGAGCUGAGGUGGCUGCCAUUUAUGAACCACCACAGAAUGCCACUCAGAACAGUCUGGAAUUGUUGGACGAUCCAAAGGCUGCAGCUGUGGAGGAAAUCGCUUCCAAACUUGGCCUGUGCAAGGUGGGCUGGAUUUUUACUGACUUGCUGUCUGAGGACACGAGGAUAGGCACUGUUCGCUACUCGAGAAACAAUGACUCGUACUAUCUAAGUGCAGAGGAAUGCAUCACAGCUGGAUUCUUCCAGAAUCAACAGUCAAACCCCUGUAGACUCUCCAGAGAAGGACAUUUUGGCUCCAAAUUUGUCACGGUAGUAGCAACAGGUGGUCCAGACAACCAGGUUCACUUUGAGGGUUACCAGGUAUCCAACCAGUGCAUGGCUCUGGUGAGAGACGAGUGCCUAUUGCCUUGCAGAGAUGCCCCAGAGCUAGGCUAUGCUAAAGAGUCCAGCCCUGAGCAGUAUGUACCAGAUGUCUUUUUCAAGGACAAAGACAAAUUUGGAAAUGAUGUCACAUUUCUUGCUCGGCCUCUUCCCGUGGAGUACCUUAUUAUAGACAUAACUACCACUUUCCCCAAGGAUCCCCAGUACACCUUCUCCUCCACACAACGCUUCCCCAUAGAGAAUCGAGACGUCCUGGGAGAGACACAAGAUUUCCACAGUUUAGCAACGUACCUGUCCCAGUGCACUUCCUCUUCAUUCUUGGAUAUUGUGUCUGACUUCCAUCUGCUUCUCUUCUUGGUCACCAAUGAUGUCAUGCCCCUAAGAGACAGCAUUGGGCUCCUACUGGAUGCAGUGAAAACGUCUAAUGAGAACUUGGCACAGACCUGGAAGAAGUCAGAGCAGUGGGCCACCAUCGAGCAGCUGUGCAGUACGGUAGGUGGGCAGCCAUCAAGCUCUCUGGAGUAUGGGGCCAUGGGCGGCCCCUCUGUCCCUGCUUCCUCCUCAGCCAUGUGGUCCUGUCUCCACUGCACCUUCAUGAACCAGCCUGGCAAAGAGCACUGUGAAAUAUGCAGCCUGCCUCGCAGUUAAAGCCCCCCCGUCCACAUCCUCUUCACCCUGCUUCCAACAGCCCCUUCCCCAGUCUUAUUCAGCCCUGCCCAGCCCCUCACUUAACUCGCAAAUGACAUCGUCGCACCGGGACCAGUUGCGAGAUUUGGAUGCCCUGUAUUUUCCAACCCCACCCCCCCUAGCCUUUCUGUCCUUCCCGAUGCGCAGAUUGUUGUGGGGUAGAAGCGCAAAAGGAUGCACUUGUUUACACCAAAUUCAUAGAGUAAAUAAAGUAAAACUGAUGACUGUAUUCUCGUAUCCAUCUCCAAGUGGCUCUCAAGAUUGGCGGGGUACGUUUAAUUAAAGCACUUUGGCUAAGGCUUCUUUGUUCCACCCAUGGCUCCGAAAUAAUCCCGGCUUGGUUUGAAUAAAUAUUGCUGUGACUCAGGACGACAGCACAGACUCUAGUGUUUGGAUGUUCUCUCUCACAUCAGUGCCCCACUCUCACAAUAUAUUCUGGAAAUCUGUGGUGUGUCAUUUGAGGGAUGAUAUCACUAAAGUUGUUUUGUGUUGUUUUUUGUUUUUCAUCAUAUUGUCAGCUUGUAACAGUGUCUUGACAUUUUGAGUCUUUGUUGUGGACGUUGCUCAGUCAGGUUUUUAUAGAUCUCUCCCUUUCACAGCCCCUCACAAUCAGUGGUGUGACCCCAGACUUGAACGGGAACGGGUGUUUCAGAGUAAUUCCACUAAAGAACUGAGUGUACAUUUUUAGUUGUAGGUUAAAUGAAAAUGAUAAAAACUCAAAUCUCAGAUUUAGAAAAAGCUAUAGCAAGAGCAGCAUGUCUACCCCCCCGCCCCCGCCCCAUUUGUAGAUCUGAUGUUGGCUCAGGUUUCCUCGGUGAUAAUUUAUUACCUUGCUGGACUCAUGUCCUGCUCCCUGGGGGUGGCUUCAUGAGAGAUUGCCCUUCUUUUCUUUUUGGAUUGUAGCUUUGUGGGUUUGUUAUUUUGAACUCGAGCAAGCAUAAUAUGUAGCCUAUUUUUUAUCAGCUUUAUUUUUCCAGUCGUAUUCCCCAAGGCUCCAGUUAUCACCAUGCCCUUACUGACUCACACUGUAUUAGCCAUGAGGUGCUCGUAGAAACAAAUGGUGCUCCCCACUUUCUUUGUGUCACUCUCAAUCUGCGUUUCUCUUCUCUCCUUCAAUGGCUCCAGUCCAGAGAAGUCGGACCGUAACUUAGUCUUCAAAGACUUUGGCAUGGAAAGCGCUAGGGUCAAAAGUCACCGGGGGGGUAUAGAAAGAUGCCGAACAUUACAAACCCCCACCGAUUGUUCCAAUGUGCUGUACAUCUGGAAGUAAGACAAAACUGGUUGGAGGGAAAAGCUCGAGGGACGGUGAGCUUAAAAAAAGGACCUGUUGCAGUCAGUAUUUUCCGUGUUUGGUCUUAACCGUUCUCUACACAAAAGCAAGAAACCCGAGCCUUUUCAAUGGGAGGUAUUACAGUUGAUCCCCCACCACUUCCGUUUUUUGUGAAGUUAGUUCCCAGUGGUUUAAUCGGUGCAGAAACUGAAGACCAAGUCAAGCAAUUCUCCCUUUUGAUUGUGCCAGAGUUAUUAGGUCACUAACUAUACAGUCACACACAAGCUUACUGGAAUAGUGUGUAAAGCCGUUCCUCUCUGCAUCAAGGAUAUUUGAAUUAAUAUUGAGAUAUGAGAAAUCAUUUUCAUAGUGUACGAGUAAAUUGCAGAGGUUAUUUUUCAUGUUUGUUAAUGAAAGUUCAGUUUUUGUCACACAUCCUCACAUGUGUUUAUUAUCCACUUAGGUCAGUUAAAUGUUCUUUCACCUCGUUCUCCAAACCGUUCAGCCCCACAGAGAGUAGUCACCCGGCCAGGUUCCUGCUGCAGUCGUGUGUGUGUGUGGGGGGGGGGUCAUUUAGAUGAUCCCUGCCAAGAUUUUGGUUAUUAGAAUACCCAAGUGUGUGGGCAUAGAGCUGUUCAUGUAUUUAACAAUUUACCAAAGUAUUUUAAGUCCUCUUUUUUUUUUCAGUCUCAUUCAAAAUGCAAGGGGUUAACAUUUAGGACUCUACAGUAUUUUUUAAGAUGAUGUCAAUGAUCCAUGUAAUGCCGAUAUGACACUAACUUCACAUUUAUAUGAGGUAUGUGGCCCAAUACUGCCCUGCGUUUGCAUUACGUAUACAUUUAUUUUCCACCAAUGUCCAUCAAUUUUUUUAUAUAUAUAUAUAUAUAUAUAGAUAUACAAAUAUGGGGUAGCAGAUAAGUAAUACUCAAAAUCAACAGCUGCCAGGCUACUUUCCUUCCGUAAAGUCACCUCUUUUGAGGAAGAAUCCUCCUUUUACAAUUUCCACGGCGAAAGCAAUCACCCUGACGGCACUGCCCCGGUCAUUUUGCUGCUGACUACUGAUUUAAGUGUGGACUCAGACCUUUCAAAACGUUUUCUUUCUAAUAUUUUAAUACGACUGAUUUGAUUCCUCCAACCGAAAUUCACAAUUUCAACACCGUGUGCAUUGAAUACCUCACCUUUCCACCAACUCCAUCUCUCCAGAGCUGGUUCCCAAUGCCAAGAGGACUGAACAGGUCCCUUCAGGUCUUCUGCUCUAUCGGGGUUAGCUACUGGGGAGGGAAGGAGGGGGGGGGGGCUUUUCAGUUAAGAGGGGGAGUCAUGGGCUGCGAGUUAAUCUAUUUAUGAGAUGUGUGCUUUUUUUCUAAGAGCUUGAAAGUAAUUCCAUGGAUGAAGUGAGUAUAUAUUUUUUAGUUGUAGACUGAUUUCAGAAAAUGGUUGGAAAAAAUAUUUUGUUUUGCCCGUUCUUUCCAUUCACGCCCCUGUGUGGAUUCUUGAAUCUGAUGUCAAAGAAUGGCUGUGUUUUUUUUUUGUUUUAUUUUCUGUUCUUUUUGUUUUGUUUUGUUUUUUUUAACACCUUUUAUUAAUCCAGGGGAGGUUUGCUGAGCAAGCAGGCUCUUGGAGCGAUGUCCCCGCUACCCACCGAGCUGACGGGGGACACGUAAAAGGUGUAUGCUGUAGAGCUGGAUUUGAAACGAAAUAAUAAUAAAUAAAAUAAAAAAAUCCUAUC